AAAAAAUGAAGGUAAGGGUAAGGAAAAAUGUCCUACCAAAACUAGUCGAUCUUCCUCCAAGUAGAAGAGGAAUAAGGUACUAUGCAAAGGUCUUGGCAGGUAUUUGUCUACUUCAACGACUCGUGAGGGGAACCACUUAUGAAGUAGGACCAUUCAAACUUUAAGAGAGGUCAUAGAAGUUAGUAAUGAUAAGGAGGAGAAGCGAACCCAAGAACAGGGCAAAGUUAGAUGUAUCUAACUAUUGACUUUCAUAGUCUAACUUAAUUUUCUUCUUAGGACGCUCAUCCGGGGAUUGGUGCAUAAGUGACAAAGAAGGAAAUGAGAUCAAAGAACAAUCUAUCCUUGGAAGAGAUAAUGGCAGAUGUAUGAGACCCUUCACUUAAAAUCAGAUAAACAUAGUUCUUUGUCUUGAGAAUAACUUGUUCUAAUUUUCAGAAAGUUUGCCCACUACUCGGCUCUCGGGUGAUGCUGGCAACAAGGCUAACUUCCAAGAGACAAUCAAUUCUUUCUCUUAAGAGUGCACAGAUCUAGAUGCAAAGGGUGAAUCUAGUUCUUUGAUUUAUACAUACGUGUCACCAAUCGUAGGACAUGUUGAAGUUGGUGGAGAGCAUUCUCAUUGGGCAUGGCCUCUCAAGAUAUAGACACUCAUGACUGGUACUAAGAUCCCUCCUCAUUCAAUUCCUGCCUCAAAGGUGCCUAAAGGUAAGGGACCCAUUAUUCCACUUCACCUAUUAAUAUGCUUGCAAGUGAAGCAUUUGAAGGAUCUUCAGGUGGUGAGCUGGUCUUUAGGGAAGAACAGACACAGACUUCCUUGGCUACUUGAGAAGAAGACACGUUGGAUGUGGGAGAUCUGAUGGUCAUCUCACCAUCUUAUGCAUGGGUGGGAGUUACUGAGCUGCGGGCGCAACUUAUGAGGAGAUGGUUUAGGAAGGAGGAGAGUUCCCUUACUCAUCUAUUAAUGGUGAGUCUCUUACUUGGUGUUUUGAAGUUCUAAAGUAUUUUAAUAUUCAUUUCUUGGUAAAUUUUCAUUUAGGCAUGUAGAUGAGUGCUCCAUCAUCUCAAAACCAAGAGAAAAUAGUUAACGUAUCUGUCACUACUUGUUCCAUGCCUGCUCUAGCUAAAGGUGCUAGCUCACAAAAAAAGCUGGCGGUCUGUUAGGUGCAUUUUAGCGGGCGAUCUCCCCACUAUCGUGCGCCUUCCGCCUGGAUCUAGCAUGAGGAAGAAGAAGAAGAAUGGCAGUAAAGGAAUCGUUAGCCCUACAUUGAGAGACUCCAUUUUUGUCUAUCCUUCCUCUUCUCCUGCUUAUAUAGCUGAAGGAUCUGAGGAAACAGAGGAGAUUGAAGAUAACAUGGAAAGCAAUAGAACAGUGGAAGCAAGGGGAGCUUCACCGCUGGAGCUGAUGGGGAGUACUGGUCCGAUAGGGGCAAAGAAGAAGAUUCUCAUGGAGGAAAUUCUGGCAAGAACGAGCUCUCUCUCAGUUCCGCUUCAACUGAACAUAUCUGGUCAAAUCCCUGAUCGAAAAUUAAGUAAGAGUCCUAACUCAAUCUCUUGGGCCGAUGAUGUAGAAGAUGAGUACGAAUCGGAAAUUGAUGGAGCUGGUGUUGAGUCUGAAAGUAAUAUUGAGGUUUUCACAUCAUUUGUAGCUCAGUCUAACAAAGAGAGUAUAAAUUUAGAACAGAUUAAUCUGGAAGAAGAUGAACCAGAUAAAGAAGAGAAAGAUUUAGAAAAAAAAAUAAUAAUAUGCCUGAAGUUAAGAAAUCAUUUGCUAGCUUAUUCUCAGAUAACAGAAGGCCUGGGAAAGGUUUAUCUCUUAAUUUUGUUCCACCCUCUCAAAAAAAUGCAGCUGUUUUCUCUAAAGAAGAAUGGAAAGUAGGUGAAGAUUACUGGAAGAAUGCCUUGAUAGGCCAUGUCAUAGGACUAAAUGCUAAAUUCAAAUCAAUGGAAGCUUAUAUAAACAAAGCCUGGGGGAAGAUUUCAAAUCCAAAAAUCACUCUAAUUAAGUCAGGUGUAUUCUUGUUUGACUUCCAAUCGGAGCAACAGAUGAGAAAAAUUUUAGAAGCAGGGCCCUGGUUCUUUGGUUCCAGACCAUUGGUGCUUAAACCAUGGUCAAUUGAUACUGAAAUGGAGAAAAUACAAGACUGUACAUAUCCUAUGUGGGUGCAAUUUCCUAAUCUGAGACUCAAUUUAUGGAGUCAAAUAGGUAUCAGUAAAAUCUCUAGCCUUAUUGGAUGCCCUAUAACAACAGAUAUGCUCACAGCAACAAGGCAAAGGCUAAGUUUUGCAAGAGUUCUUCUUGAGGUAAAGCUACCCCUGAAGGAACAACUACCUGAUUCUAUUGAAAUUCAAGGGCCUGAUGGUGAAAAAUAUAAUCAGAAAGUUAUAUAUGAACUGAAGCCAAAAUGGUGCACAUUUUGUAACAUGGUUGGGCAUGAUACUGACUUCUGCAGGAGACAAAAAAUAAAAAAAGUAUGGGUACCAGUUAAUAGGCAGAAGGAAAAAGAAAUGCAUAAUGCACAGACAUCACAAAGUGCACAGGCAUCACAUAGUGCACAGGCAUCACAAAAUGUGCAGUCAGUUAUGCACAAUAUUCUGGCAGAAAAGUUGCAAACUACUGAUUCAAGGUCUGAAAAAGGGAGUGUAUUGAACACUGAAAGAUUGGAUACCAGUAGAGGGGAAGGAAGUCUACUUGUAACUCCUACACAUGUGAAUUAGGAGAAAUUGGAUCCUAAUAGUUGUGGAAAAAAUAAUGUAACUCCUGCACAGGAUGCUGAAGGAAAUGUGCACAGAGCAAAAGGUAAGGGCAGAGCUGUUGAUAAUGGCUCUCCUGACAUACAAGGCAUAAGGCAUGAGAACACUGGUUUUGCAAAUGUAUACCAAAUCAUUUCUCCAAUGGUGAAUGCAUCUGGGUUCACAAGUGUCAGUAGAGCAAAUAUUGCAAGGAAAGCAAAAAAUCAAUAAUUCUGUGGACCCAAUCCAGAAUUCCUAUUUUUCUGCAUUAGAUUCUCAGAUGUAUGAAUUUGACCCUUGUUAUAUUGACAGGGGUGGAAACCAAUGAAAUGCAUCUAGCUAUAUGGAAUAUUAGAGGAUUUAAUAAAUCCUCUAAGCACCUGAUUG